AUGAUGGACGAAGCGCCUCCAGUGCGGACCAUUGAGCGCGAUGGUAAGAAUUUCGAGCAGAUUACUGAGGGAAAGGCUACGAUCCUGGUUCCUCACGAAGCAAAAAUUGGCAAAGACACCACGGGGGAACAGCAAGUCUUCUACAAUCCAAUACAGCAGUAUAAUCGUGACUUGUCUACGUUGGCAGUCAAGGUUUACGGGGAGAUGCUGUUGGAGAAGCGAAUAGAAGCCUUCCAUUCAAAGAGUGCAAAGCAAGGGAAGAAGCGAAAGCGAGACGAGCUAGAACGAGAACGAGACGACGAACAAGCGGCGCUACAAGCCUCCGAGCUGCACCACCAGCCGGGAAAGGAAGAAGCAGAAAAUGGUCACAUAUACAAGCCCUCAUUCAAGAUUCUCGACGCGUUAUCAGCAUCUGGCCUAAGAGCUUUGAGAUAUGCCUUGGAAAUCCCCUUUGUUACGUCUGUUACCGCCAAUGACCUGUCUGCUUCUGCGGCAGAUUCAAUAGCAGUGAAUGCCGACCACAACGGCGUAGCUGAUAGAUUGACCGUCACCAAUGAAGAUGCCCUGGCUCUCAUGUACCGAUAUAUUGCGCUAGACUUGUCCAGAAGAGAUAAACGCGGCAACCCUAGCAAAUCACACAAGUUCGAUGUCGUCGACCUCGAUCCAUAUGGAACAGCUGCUCCAUUUUUUGACGCCGCUAUUCAGUCUGUUCGGGACGAUGGUGGCCUGCUCGUCGUUACUUGCACAGAUAGUGCUGUCUGGGCCGGCCACAGCUAUUGCGAAAAGGCGUUUUCCUUGUAUGGCGGUGUCCCCGUCAAAGGCAUGCAUUCUCAUGAGGCAGCCUUGCGCCUUAUCCUGAAUGCGGUCGCAACUUCCGGAGCGCGAUACGGUAUCGCAAUUGAGCCCAUACUGUCUCUAUCGAUUGACUUUUACACAAAGGUGUUCAUCAGGGUCACGAGGUCGCCGUCCGCGGUAAAGUUUUUGGGAGCGAAAACGAUGCUGGUGUAUAGCUGUGAUCAAGGCUGCGGUUCUUGGAAGACGCAGCCAAUCCUCAAGAGCCGUCCAUUUCCCAAUAAAAAGGGAAACGGGUCCUUUUACAAGCACACAAUGGCCCAAGGCCCAAGCACUGAUCAUCUUUGCCAGCAUUGCGGUUUCAAAAUGCACGUCAGCGGACCCAUGUAUGGCGGCAGGAUUCAUAACCAGGACUUCAUUCACCGUAUGCUGGACGAACUACCCAAGGCAUCUCCCGAGGUAUAUGGAACUCUGUCUCGUCUGGAGGGUAUGUUGCGGACUGCAUUGGAGGAGUGUAUCCCUGGACCUGAGCUGCCCGCGGAUGUUGAUGCUAAAGAUGCGGAAGCUGCGGUCGUUGAUCCCACUCCAUUCUUCUUUAUCCCGGGAAAGGUAUCCAGCAUUUUAUCAUGCUCCACUCCGACUGAUGAUAUGUUCCGAGGCGCACUCAUGCAUCUGGGCUAUCAAGUGGGCAGAAGUCAUUGCCGUCCAGGCAGCAUCAAGACAGACGCGCCAUGGUCCACGAUCUGGUGGGUUCUGACAGAGUGGAUCAGGCAAAAGUCACCGAUAAAAGUAUCCAAAUUUAAGGAGUCUAUGGCCGGAUGGAAGAUUCUCUACGACGCUGGCAUCGUCGGGCACGAAGAAGACAAGACGUCGGGGGAUGACGCACGGCCAAGCAGCAGCGACACCAAGUCUGGAGGCACCGAACAGCAACAACCGCCAGAGCAGCAACCGCAAGAGCAAAAGGAUGAGAAGGUGCUAGAAGGCAAGGAGAUGGAAGAAAAUAACGUGGAAAAGAAAGAGCUCCCGAGUGAAGAAGAGUUGCGAAAGACGCUCGUAUUCGACGACGCUUUGAUACAGCUCGGUCGUCAACGGGGUACUCGGUACAUGAGGUACCAAGUCAACCCUCACAAGUAUUGGGGGCCCAUGACAAGAGCCAAGGGCUAA